CUGCCUAAGGCGGCUACUUCUUCCCAACCUCAUCUACAGCGAUUCAAGUAUUCUUCUCCACUCCGUUAUGUUUCUCGAAUGGGACUAUGGGAGCUGAUCAAUCUAUCUGGUCUCCUCCAGCCGUUGAUCUCCGCCUCCUGCCCCAGCUAGGGCUUCCCUCCCUUCUCCGUCUGCUCCCCGGAAAAUCUCCCACCUCUCAAUCUCCCCUUCCUCCUCAAUCUUCCCUUCCUCCUCAGUCUCCCCUUCCUCCCCAAUCUCCUUCCGAAUCUCGAUCCAACGCACUCAUUGAUCUCAGAACCACCCUUAUCAAAUCGCUGCAAUCCGUUAUCCCCUUUGUCCCCGCCACUCCCACUUCUCGCCGGCGUUCCAUCCCCACCUGGCCGCCUGAAGCUGGCUGCGCUGUACCCCGAUUCCGGCCGUACGUCGCCAAGGUUCCCUGGCAUGGCGGCGUCCGCGCUUUCCUCUCUCAGCUUUUCCCCCGCUACGGCCAUUACUGUGGCCCCAAUUGGUCAAGCGGCAAGGACGGCGGAUCCAUGCUCUGGGAUCGCCGCCCUAUUGACUGGCUUGACUUCUGCUGCUACUGCCACGAUAUCGGGUACGACACUCAUGACCAAAGCAAGCUACUGAAGGCUGAUUUAGCUUUCCUCGAGUGUUUGGAGAGACCCCAGGUGGCUUCCAAGGGUGGCGCCCAUACCUCUUUCCUAUACCGCUCCAUGUGCAUCGCCGGCUUGAGGUAUUUACUUAUACCUUACAGGAUGCAGCUGCUGAGAGUUCAAUCUGGGCCUUCAUUCACAGAGGUUUUCAGCAACUGGACGGGUAAAGUUAAUAUGUUUAAGCAAAACUUUGAUGGGAAAAGUUUGUGAUUGAUUUUGAAUAGAAAUGUGUUUGGUGUUUGCUGGUGCAUGCAAGUGGAAACAACUUGUUGGUCUACUUGCUUUAUUAUGUACAGAAUAAAUUUGUAUUUAAGCUAUGUAGGAAGUUCCUGUGUACUAUAGCUAAUCUUAUGCAAAUUCAAUGGAACAUUAAUUUGCCAGAGUUAGUGGAAGUAUUCUGUUAA